GCUAAAUUAUUCGAUGCGCUGUUUGCAUGCGAUAAAUUAUUCGAUAGUUUUGGCGCCUCAAUCAAAACUCAAGGAUUACAAAAUUAAUAUGGCUGACGAAAGAACACGAGCUAUAUUAAAGAAACUUGGAUUGAAACACCUUAUUUUGAAGUUUAGUGAAGAAAAUAUAACCGCUGAUUUGAUACCAAAGCUUUCUCUAAAGCAUUUCGAAAGCUUAGGUGUAACAGAUAAUGGAGUUAUAAUGAAGCUACCAUAGGACAAGGAAAGAUUUAUAUACGUCCAAUUCAAAAGUCGUUGUCGGUAAUACCUCUGCAAAAGGCAAGUACAGUAACAACUUCUAUCAAAGAAAAAUGUUUAAAUUGUUUUGAGGAGUUUUGUCUCGAAGAACUGAGACAACAUACUGAGUUAUGCAUGCCAUACUAUGAAUCUAGUGAUGAUUCAGAAGUUGCAUUACCCCCUGUGUUAUCAAAUGAGGUGACCCAUGAAGAGGAAAACAAUGAAAUAACUGAAACUGAAUCUGCUUUUCGAAUAAGCUAUGAGUACAUUCCAGAAACAAGAGAUCAAAAGCAGGAUAAUGCUAAUAACAACGAAGAAUUUGAUCUCAAUGCAAACAUUAACAACAUCAUCAGUUAUUGCAUUGAUAAUCAAGUGAAUUCACCAGUCGAGAUAUUACGGUAUAUGCAGCAGAAGUUAGUUCAAGGUCGAAGUUUAGAAAUAACUGAUAUUGCGGUUCAUGAUGACAGACCAACAAAUUUUAUCAUGGUUGAUCGGGCCAAUCUUAUUGAAACUGGUUUAGAAGAGAUACGGGAACUGCAAAAUAAGUUGAUUUGUUUAUCUGUGCAGUUUUAUGGUGAGUUGGCAGAAGAUUAUGGAGGGCCAAGAAAAGAGUUUUUUCAACAGAUAAUAAGAGAAAUCAAAGAAAAAUACUUUGAUUGUGAAAUAAACUUGUUUCCUUUAAGUGAUUAUUAUGAUAUUGGAAUAGUUUUUGGCUUGAGUUUGCUUCAGAAUGGCCCAUUUCCACAGUUUUUGGAAGAAGAUGACCUGCAAAAAAUAUUUUUUAACGAAGAACCUGGCAAAUUCAAUGAACUCCGAAGAGCUUUCAAGGAUCUUGGAAUUUUCCAAAUUGUGGAAGCCUUUCCUAUCAUGCUACACCUUUUCCGACCCAAUCCUAAUGCUACUUUCACUUUUAAAAAACUGGUCAACUUGCUUCAGCCAAAAUGGGCAGCUGAAGGGUCAAACGAACAUUACAGGCAGAAAAAGCUUUAUCCGUCAUUAAUGAAAUAUUUGAGGCAAGCACAUGGUGGAAAACGUUCGGGUGUUUCGCUUCCCGAUGUACUAAGGUUUGUCACUGGAAGUGAAGAAGAGCCUUUGUUAGGAUUUGCACUGGCCCCUUCGAUAAAAUUUGUUCCGGUGAUGGAAGAAGGUCGAUUUCUUCCGACAAGUAACACUUGCAUUAAUCAAUUGCAAUUACCAAUGGAAAGUAAUGCUAUUUCCCUUCCAGACGAAAACGCUCUGUUCGGUUUAUAUGACUUAGCCUUUUCUAGUCGAUUUUUUGGACAAAUUUAAAAGUCGUCGACAGUUUUAUUAUUUAUGCCUAUUAGGAACUUAACUCUUGUGAUUAAAUGCAAACAUUUAUGCUUUCUUUCGUUACCUUUUCACUGAUUCAAAACUUAUUUUAUAAUUGGUAGUUGUUUACUUGUAAACUUCGUUUUGUUUACGGUGUCCCUUUCCAAAGGGACACUUAAUUUUUGUUUUAUUCAGAGAGAAUAUUUUUUAUAUUUUAGCUCUUAUCGUUUGUAUUCAUUUUCUUAUAUUAUAGGAGAAUAAAUGUUCCGUAGUUUC